AGGAAAAAAAUGGUACGGGGCAGAUCAAAUCGGGGCAGGAAGUAGCUCAACCCCCCGGAGUGGACUGGCCGGAGCCGGACGGGAGCAGGAUGGAGUGGACGACGGUGGAGGCGGCGGACGGGGCCAAGCUGAGCGUGCGGGUCUUCAAGCCGGCGGCGCCGGUGGAGGGCGCGGAGGACGUGUCGGUGGUGCUCGUGCACCCCUACACGAUCCUCGGCGGCGUGCAGGGCCUGCUGCGCGGCAUGGCCCAGGGCCUCGCGGAGCGGGGCCACCGCGCCGUCACCUUCGACAUGCGCGGCGCCGGGCGCUCCACCGGCCGCGCCUCGCUCACGGGCUCCAGCGAGGUCGGGGACGUCGUCGCCGUCUGCCGCUGGGUCGCCUACACCCUCAAGCCGCGCGCCGUCCUCCUCAUCGGCUCCUCCGCCGGAGCACCAAUUGCGGGAUCUGCAGUUGAUAAAGUUGACCAGGUGGUUGGCUAUGUCAGCAUCGGCUACCCAUUUGGUUUAAUGGCCUCAAUCCUAUUCGGCAGACAUCAUGAUGCUAUCCUCAAGUCUGAGAAACCAAAGUUAUUCAUCAUGGGAACCAAAGAUGGCUUUACGAGCGUAAAGCAGCUGCAAAACAAGCUCAGGUCGGCUGCUGGACGGGUUGAUACACACUUGAUUGAAGGAGCCGGUCACUUCCAAAUGGAAGGUCCUGCUUUUGAUGCCCAGAUGGUAGAUCUCAUUGUCAAUUUUAUCAAAUCUUUGCCCAAAUAGUGUACUGUAACUGUGUGAAAGUGCGCAAAGCGUGUAGUGAUGAACAUCGAAAACAUACGAUUUGGAUAGUGCCUUCAUGGUUUGUAUUUUCUCGUGUUGUAUGUGUACACUGGGUGUUGUGUUCGAGAUAGUAAUCAAAUCUUAGUUUCCAUUUCAUAUGAGUUUUAGACUCAGUGAUGCAAGCCGCAUGGAAAAUCUUAUUGUCAUCACGACAUUGUAAUCCAAUCUUAUUAUUGUUUGUAUAGCCAUACUUCUACUUGUGA